CCAGGAUUCUGAGUCGCUGCGCGCCAUGCGGCUGAGCAAACCAGUUGAGCCAUGCUCCGCUUGAGCAGCUGUGCCGGUUUAGCCUUUGGCGAGGAGGCCAAGCGAGGGGACCUGGAGGCGGAGCUGUGCCAAUUGCGCGCUGCCGUGGACUCCUCGCAGCGGGGCCUCAGCCAGCUGGAGGCGAAGGUUGCCAACCAGCUGGAGACCUCCUGUCGGCGCCAGGUGGAGGAUGUCUUGGCAAGCCAGGGGCCAACGCUGGAGUUCAGGCAGGGCAUGACGAAGCUCCAGAGCGAGAGCCGGCGCCUGGCCACAGAGCUGAGCCGGCUGCCCACGGCGCGGGACGUGCAGGGUGCACUGCAGCGGCACCAAGAGUCCUUGGAGGAGCGCAUGGGUGAGAGGAUUGCGGCACUGGAACACUCGCUUGGCCACCAACACCAGGCGGCGCUGGAGCGUUUGGAGGGCCGCGGCAGCGAGACCUGGCGGGGCUGCCUGCAGCGCAUGGCUACCAUGGAGGAGAAAGUGGUGCUGCAGACGGACGUGGUGCGCAUUGUGGACCGCGUGCUCGGCGAGGUCCGGAAGGCGGGGCCGGAGCUCUUUGGCGCAGGGGCCGUGACGGGGCCCGCAGCGCUGAACGAGAUGCGCAAGGAGAUGCGCCGGCUGGAGGCCAAGGUGGCGGGGCUGGAGGCGCGGGUGCUGGGCAUCGCUGAGGACUCCACCGCCGAGGGCCGGAUCUGGCGUGCUUCGAUCUGCGCCAAGGUUGAGACGCUGGAGAGAGCCGUGCAGGACCACAGCGGGCGCCUGGCCGGAGACGAGACUCUGCGCCGGGAGGUGCUGGAGAGCUGCGGCCAGAGCUGCGAGGCCGCAGAGGCGGCGGCGACGCGUGCGCAGGCCCUGGCGGCAAAGGCCUCCCAGGGCGCCCGGGAGGCUGCGGCGGAGGUUGUGGCGUCUGCGGAGGAGGCCCUGCUGGAGAAGCUGAAGCUUCAGGCGGAG